AAGCAUUGGCGGGUGACUGAAUAUACCAGGACUCUCUCAUAGCUAUAUUUUACGUCCCGAGCUUAAAGCACAAAGAACUAGAGCGCUGUCAUCUCAAAUGACCACUGAUCGAAGGAGUCCUAUAUAGCUUAGCAGCUCGUCUGUAAAAACGUUUGUAGCUACAUCUAACAAAAUGUAGCCUUACAUCUACAGACAGAUAGGUGAAGUGGCCGUAGCAUUUUGAGGCAGCCUCAGCUUUCUUGGGAAUGGAGGUACAGUUUCUUGAGACUGUUCCUGAGUUCCAGUGGUGGGAAAAGUCUUUGUAGCGGUGUCGUAUGGCAGAAAGGAGGUCAAGGAAACGCAGCCUGGUUGGGAGGGGACAUCUGCAUCCUUCACUGUGGUCCCAAACCAUGAAUAUUGUGGGCCAGUUUGCGGAGACGGUGUUUGUGACGGUGAAGGAGCUGUACCACGGCCUGAACCCCGCCACUCUGACCGGGGGGAUCGAUGUCAUUGUGGUGCGACAGCCUGAUGGAUCCUUCCAGUGUUCCCCCUUUCACGUCCGCUUCGGCAAACUGGGUGUGCUGCGCUCCAAGGAGAAAAUUGUGGACAUUGAGAUCAACGGAGAAUCAGUUAACUUGCACAUGAAGUUGGGCGACAACGGAGAAGCUUUUUUUGUGAAGGAAAAUGAAAACGAGGAGUCCCAAGUCCCAGCCCAUCUGUGCACCUCCCCAAUUCCCGUUGAGGGCCCUGAGGAGAUGGAGGAGACCCCCGAGGGAGCCUCCAUCACCGGGUCUGGUGCCCGCAGGAAGAAGCGCCGUCGCAAACGCAUCCGGUCUGAUACUCACCUGAGAGAAGAGGCCAGCUCCUCAUCAGAGGAGAGAGAAAGGGAGAAGGAGUGGGAGAGAGAAAGUGACCCGGCCGGGGGGGAAAGCCCUGCUACAGACGAGCCCCUCACACCAUUGCAAAUCAGUAAGUCAGUAUAUUACUCGCUGUCUGAGGAGCCAAAUGAGGAUCUGGGGGCCACACAGACAAGAGACACUCAUCCACACUCAGAUGGAGAGCAGUCACCCUCAGAAAGCAAUGUGUUCUACAGCCGCUCAUCAUCUCCUAAGAGCGACUCCGAGCUUUUAGUUAAACCCAAGGAGUCGUCUGGGCCUCAGAUGCAGUGGAACUGGGGAGGUUUUCCCAUGCUGUGUCAAUCUGAGCGGACACCAGUGGAGUUACAGCACAUCUCCCCUUCUGGCAGUUCUCAUUUCCGCACCAUUGAAAGACAGGACUCGUUUGACAUGAGCUGUGAGCCUGUGAUCAGCUGCGGCAGGGUGGACAGUGUCACAGUGGUCCGGCCACAGCCCAGGACUCAAUCCCUAGACCUUAGUAACCACACUAUGCAGACCCCAGCUUUUUCUUUGGAGAAUAACUCUCACAUGGCCCAUUCCACCCCCACCGACUUCUCUGAAUCAGCAAAGACUAAUGUGGACUCAGCACAGGCGAUAGGGGCCACAUUAGAGGAAGAGGAGAACAGACACUCACCUUCAUGUUUAGAUAAUCAAACUAAUGGCACAGAUUCUCCUGCUAGCAAAGAAAUCACCAUCAGUGUUGAGCACAUCAGCACUGAUAGUGUGACCAAACCAAACGACACACAAAUACAACUCAUUAAAGAGAGCGACGACUGCACAGUUACAUCAACAAGUCCAAGUAGUACAGAGGUAUCAAAUCCACCACAGCAGGGUGCUUUAUCGGAGCAAAGUGAGCAGGGUUCCACCGGCAGUGCCCCCAACAGCGAGGGGGACAGCGGGAUAGACCCCUGCGCUGAGGGGGGGGAGCAGAACGCUGCAGGGACUGAAGGGCCAGCAGGAGGCUCCCUGACAAACAUAACCGAGGGAUUAGCCGACCCUUCCGAGGCAUCAUCCAAAGUGGAGGACAAGAAGAAAGGUAAACGUAAUCACCAUCUCGGACCAACAGGUAUUUACUUGGAUGAUCUGACCAAGUUGGAACCCGAGGUGGCUGCACUCUACUUCCCCAAGAGUGAGACAGAGGGGGCGUCUCAGCUCGGGGGGGAGCAGGGCUCCUGCUCGGGGAGCCAGUCUCCUCAGUCGGUGGGCAGCGGGGCCAUGGACAGCGGGACAGAGUACCUGUCAGACUCCAUCUCCUACAACAUGGACGUCAGCAUGUCCCUCUGCGGACAGGUGGGAGACACCAGCCAAAUCACUAAAGAGAAGUUCAUGGAGCACAUCGUGACCUACCUGGAUUUUGCCAACAAUCCAGGAAUCAUUGAGGAUCCAAACCUUGUGAUCUGCAUCAACUCCAACUACUAUAACUGGGCCGUUGCUGCUCCGAUGGUCUUGUCAAUGACAACGUUCCAGAAAAGCCUACCCAAGAGUGCGAUAGAGCAGCUGGUGAAGGACAAAAUGCCCAAAAAGUCUGGACGCUGGUGGUUCUCCUGGAGGAGGAGACAAAUGGACGACAGCCAGCAAAAGGACUCGAAGCAGGAACAAGAGGAGCCACUGGCAACUGUUUCUUCCACAGUAAAAGGCACACUGGAUGACAUCGACAGUGAUGAGGCGGCGGGCCUCGGCCGAAAAGCCAUGCUUCCUGCCGGCCUAUCAACAGAAACCCUUAAUGCCACUCAGAGUAUCACACAGAUCUACCGCAAAUCACUGCGUCUGACCUCUGAACAGAUAGAGCACCUCAACCUGCGCGAGGGGGCCAACAAGGUGGUGUUCAGUGUGACCACACAGUACCAAGGCACCUGUCGCUGUGAGGCUGCCAUCUACCUGUGGAACUGGGACGAUCGAGUCAUCAUUUCAGAUAUAGAUGGCACUAUCACCAAGUCUGAUGCUCUGGGUCAUAUUCUACCUCAGUUUGGAAAGGACUGGACACACAAAGGCAUCGCAAAACUCUACCACAAAAUACACCAAAAUGGCUAUAAGUUCCUGUACUGUUCAGCGCGGGCCAUAGGUAUGGCUGCCAUCACCAAGGACUACCUUCAGUGGGUCAAUGACCAAGGCAUAGUCCUUCCUCAGGGCCCCGUGCUGUUGGCCCCCAGCAGUCUCUUCUCAGCACUACACAGAGAGGUUAUAGAGAAGAAGCCGGAGGUGUUUAAAAUUGCCUGUCUGGGUGACAUCAGGGACCUGUUCAACCCCCAGAGGCAGCCCUUCUACGCAGCCUUCGGAAACAGGACGAACGAUGCGUUUGCCUAUAAGCAGGUGGGGGUGCCCGACACCAGGUUAUUCACCGUCAACCCAAAAGGAGAGCUCAUCCAGGAGAGGACUAAAGUCAAUAAGUCCUCGUACAGCCACCUCAGUGAGUUGGUGGAACAUUUCUUCCCCAUGCUCUCCAUCGGGGGCAGCACGUCGUCCGCUUUGGACUGUCCUGAGUACAGCAGUUGCUCCUAUUGGAGAGAUCCUCUGCCAGAACUGGACUUGGAUGCACUACUGUAGACACACACAUAUGUUUUAAAGCAACCAUUUUAACUCUAUAUGUUAUCUCCUGUUUCCAGCAUGUCUGAAUAUUGCCUUUGACAGAACUGCCAACUGUAGUGCCUGAUUAUGAGACAGAAUAAACAGAAAGAGCAUCUGUCUUUCUCAAAGAAGAAUUGCCAAAUUAAGUUAUAAUGUCCAUGGACUUAACAUUUCUAAGUGUCCAAACAUAAUGCAGUACUUAAUCUCAGUGCUCUAUCACUGAUGAUGGCUGUUAACACACAAUUAAGCUAUUUUUAUGUGAAACUCCUACAGUGAAAACAACUGGACACUUGUGCCUUUGGACUUUUUCAGUUUUUUGUUAUUGUGUAUACCAGUAUCCUAGUCAUUCCAGAAUUUAACACUUGCACAUUUCAGCUCUAAACACUUACUGUAAACAUGUUUAAUAUGGUAUGAGAACGUUUUUAAAUUAUUUGUAUUUUUGUAAGGGUCUUUUGACAAUACUCUGUUGUUGUCAAACACAAUAAUGUUUUCUAAGGAGAGCUUUUGAUGGGAAGUUGGAUUUUAUUUUCUGUGGUAAUUGUGGAAUCACAGCCUGCAGGUGAAUAUGGAGGAGUAGUUUGUGGUGAGGGACGCUAGGAUUAUGUUUUCCUUAAUACCAGAGGAUUGCAAUAACAAGAUGAUCUGAGCAUUGAUCAUUGUGAAACUACAACAUGAGUUUCUUCUUUUCACAGACUGCACUACCAGUUUUAGAAAUGUGUGUACACUAGAUGAAUGCGAAGGAGGGUCAGACUGAGACUUUUAUUCCAGAGAAGUGUAAAUGGACCUCGGAGGGGAACAGCGGUGUUUGUAGCCUGGCAAAGUGCCUUCUGUUGGAUGACUGUUAUAUGUAUUCAUUCUAAAUAUAUUUUAUUGUCAAACUGUGUGGAGAUGCAUUGGAGAUCAAUAUUUUAAACCAAAUAUAUAUAAAUAAAAUGUAAAUGCAACACUA